GUGGUUGCCAAUGCUGUUGCUGCUCUCUCUGAAAUCAGCGAGUCUCACCCCAACAGUAACCUCCUUGAUCUGAAUCCCCAAAACAUCAACAAAUUGCUGACUGCCUUGAAUGAAUGCACUGAAUGGGGGCAGAUCUUUAUUCUUGACUGUCUAUCAAACUACAAUCCAAAAGAUGAGAGGGAGGCACAAAGUAUCUGUGAGCGUGUCACUCCUCGCCUGUCUCAUGCCAACUCCGCUGUUGUCCUUUCUGCUGUUAAAGUUCUGAUGAAGUUUCUGGAACUUCUGCCUAAAGACUCUGAUUACUACACUAUGCUGCUCAAGAAAUUGGCACCUCCUUUGGUUACUCUACUUUCUGGGGAGCCAGAGGUCCAGUAUGUGGCUCUAAGAAACAUCAAUCUGAUUGUCCAAAAAAGGCCAGAGAUUCUGAAGCAAGAAAUUAAGGUCUUCUUUGUCAAAUACAAUGAUCCAAUUUAUGUGAAAUUGGAGAAACUGGACAUAAUGAUACGGCUGGCGUCACAAGCCAACAUCGCUCAGGUACUUGCUGAGCUGAAGGAGUAUGCUACUGAAGUAGAUGUUGACUUUGUCAGGAAGGCAGUCCGUGCCAUUGGAAGAUGUGCCAUCAAAGUUGAACAAUCUGCGGAGAGGUGUGUAAGCACCCUUCUUGACCUUAUUCAGACCAAGGUAAAUUAUGUAGUGCAAGAAGCCAUUGUUGUCAUCAGGGACAUCUUCCGCAAGUAUCCGAACAAAUAUGAGAGCAUCAUCGCCACAUUAUGUGAAAAUCUGGACUCACUGGAUGAGCCUGAUGCUCGAGCUGCCAUGAUCUGGAUCGUGGGAGAAUAUGCAGAACGUAUUGAUAAUGCUGAUGAACUGCUGGAGAGCUUUUUGGAAGGAUUCCAUGAUGAGAGCACACAGGUGCAGCUCACACUUUUGACUGCUAUUGUUAAACUCUUCCUGAAGAAGCCAUCAGAAACACAAGAACUAGUGCAGCAAGUUCUGAGCCUAGCUACACAGGAUUCUGAUAACCCUGACCUACGUGAUCGAGGAUAUAUUUACUGGCGUUUGCUCUCCACUGACCCUGUGACUGCCAAAGAGGUGGUACUUUCCGAGAAGCCACUUAUCUCUGAGGAGACGGACCUUAUAGAACCCACUUUGCUGGAUGAGCUGAUUUGCCACAUUGGAUCUCUGGCUUCAGUGUACCACAAGCCACCCAAUGCUUUUGUUGAAGGCAGCCAUGGAGUCCAUCGUAAACACCUACCAAUCCAGCAUGGAAGGUGA